GGGGUCCGAUGAGGAAGCUGUUUCCAUGGUGAAAGGCCUUGGGUGAAGCAUGUCGGAUCUCGGCUCAGAAGAGAUCGAAGAGGAGGCAGAGAAUGAUUUGGGGGAGUAUGAAGGAGAACGCAAUGAAGCUGGUGAACGGCAUGGACAUGGAAAGGCGAGAUUACCCAAUAGCGAUACCUAUGAAGGAGAAUAUGCAAAUGGUAAAAGAAAUGGACAGGGGAUGUACAGAUUUAAGAAUGGUGCACGCUAUACAGGAGAAUACUUUGAAAAUAAAAAGCAUGGCAAUGGCGUCUUUAUUUAUCCAGAUGGAUCCCGAUAUGAAGGAGACUGGGUGGAGGAUCAAAGACAUGGAAAUGGUGUUUACCAUUAUGUAAAUGGAGACACAUAUACUGGAGACUGGUUCAAUCACCAGAGGCAUGGGCAAGGUACAUAUCUCUAUGCACUAACUGGCUCUAAAUAUGUUGGCACUUGGGCAAAUGGACAACAAGAAGGAGCUGCUGAACUUAUUCAUCUAAACCAUCGAUACCAGGGGAAGUUUGUGAAUAAAAAUCCAUUGGGUCCUGGGAAGUAUAUAUUUGAUAUUGGAUGUGAACAACAUGGCGAAUACAUUCAUGAGGAAAAACCAGAGGAAGAGGAGGAAGAAGAAGUUUUUAUUCCAGUUAUUCCAAAAUGGAAAGCAGUAAAAAUUACUGCCCUAACACUCUGGAAACCUGAAGAACCACCUCCUCCUGAAGUGACGCCUGCAGCACCUGUAGAGGCUCCAUUGGCUGAGGAAAGUGCACCUCCAGCGGGUGAGACUCCAUCUGAAGCUGCUCCUGAAGGUGUUGAGGCACCUGCAGAGGGAGCAGAGCCCACUGAAAUGACAUCUCCACCUAAAGAGACAGAGGAAGAAGAUGAGGCAGCUAAAGAAGAUCAAGGGGAUCAGGGCAUGGCAGAAGACAAGGAGGAGGAAGCAAAAGAAGCCGAGGUCCAAGAAUAAGGGAAAGAAAUGACAAACAUUACAUAUAAAGAAAUGAAGCACAAUCCACUCAAGGUUAGGCACUUUUAAGUUCCAUUAAUUUUAAUGGAGAAGUUUGCUCACAUGCUCAACUCUCCAAUUUAAAUCGAUGGAACUUAAAAGUGG